UGUCUUGCAGCCUAAGCUCUGAUAGCUGCCUACUCCAAGAGAAUGGCGGCAAGAGUCCAGACCAUUCUGAGGAGCCCGUGUCCUACGACUCAGACCUGGGGACAGCAAAUGCUGAGGAUUCAGACCCGUCUCUGCAAGAAGGUGGUGUUGCCGUCCUAUGAGUGCAGGAGUCCUGGAGUUGGCAUGGCCGAGGAGCCUUUGGAGAAGCUGGAAGAAGGGCCAUUAUCAGUUCUGAUGAAAAGGAAGACAACCCAGAAGCUUGCUAUUCAGAAGGCUGUGUCAGAUGCAUUCCAGAAACUGUUGAUUGUGGUUUUAGAAAGUGGUAAAAUAGCUGUGGAAUAUAGACCCUGUGAAGAGAUUACAGAUGCCAGAACCGAAGAGGAGCUACAGGAUUUAAUUCAAGUCAGCUACUUUUCUUGGAAGCAGGAUGGCCGAGGGGAGGAAGAAUGUCUCUCGGAUUUAAGCUUUGAAGAGGCCGAGUUCAAACCGCCAGAAUUGGACUAGCGUUUUUUAAUUUCCCGGGAUGCCGGUCCUGUGGCGUCCUUGGGAAACUGUCCCCUGCCCCCUUCCACCCCAGAGCUGCUGCAGUCCGGGCCCAUCCUGCCUCGCUGUGAGCCCCAGGAGGGGCUUGUGCCCUUCGUAGGGGGAAGGGAGGCUUGGGCCCUGGUGAUUUUGGAAAAGGGGUGGGCUCAGCCUCCUCGGGGAGCUCUACAGGCUGAGCUGGGGCCUCCUGCUGGAUUGGAGAAGCCUGAGCCUCCUCGGUGCGCUCUGGAGGCUGAGUUAGAGUUACAGUAAGUACCAGAUCCACAGGUUUAACAGUGACGUUGGAGAAGUUUGGCCACUGAGCUUCAUUCUUACUUAGAGAUGUCAUGUGCUAUUGGUUGAGGUACCAUCUCCUUAGAUGGCCGUGGAGGUUGAGCUGGGGCCUCCUGAGGGUUCGAAAGUUCUACCUCCUCAGAGGCCUCUGUCGGUUGAGCUGAGGCUUUCUGUUGGACUGGAGAAAGUUUGACCCAGGGUCAAACUCCUGGAGCCCUCUGCUGAACUGGAGAUGUUUCUAUCUCCUCAGGGGGCUCUGUCGGUUGAGCUGAGGCCUCCUGAGGGGUCGAAGGUUCUACCUCCUCAGGGGCCUCUGUCAGUUGAGCUGAGGCUUCCUGCUGGAGUGAAGAAAGUUUGAUUUCUUCAGGGGUACUUGAAAGCUCAGCCAGGGCCUCCUGUGGGUUUAUAGCUUCCUUAAGGAUCUCUGGAAGCAGAGAUGGAGCCCCCUGCUGAAUUGGAGAUGUUUCUAUCUCCUCAGGGGGCUCUGAAUGUUGGGCCUGGGCCUCCACCUGAGGCCAAAAAGAUUCAGCUUCCUCAGGCAACUCUAAAUGAUUUGGGGUCUCCUGCAGGAGUGGAGGAAUUUCAGCCCCUCAGGGAGCUUUGGAGGUUGAUCUGAUCCCCCUGGGAAAUCUACUGGUAAAUUCACCAUACUGGAAUCUGAAUAACCAUCCUGCAACUGUUGUUGUAGGUGGUCUUUAUUUGCAGCGUGGGUCACUGCGCCCCAGAGCCUCCGCGUGUCAUGUCCCGGCUGCGCCUCUGGGCCCCACUGCUGCUCCGCACGUGGCAAUCAUUGUGGCUGCUGGUCCAGGCAGCUCAGCCUCCGGAGUGGGCCCUGGACCAUGCCCAGCUGACCGCCGACCUGCUGGGGCCCACCGAGCCCUGGUCUUCACAGUCCUCUCAAUUCCCGCCCGAAUUGCUCCAGGCACUUACACCCUUAAAAUUCCCUGGAAUAUACUUUGCAAAAAGAGAACAAAGCAUAUCUCAGUCCUCCAGACUGAAGAGGAGCAUCAAGUAGUAGUAGGUGGGAAAGUGGCUUUGAUUUUCAGUUUGUGGGUUCUGAAUCUAUUAUAAAGAUAGAAGAUACUCUGGAAAUCUAAAUUAACAGUUGUCCUUACCUCAAUGAGACAGGAAACUAUAAUCAAAAUCAUCACUACUACAGUCACAGAUAUUGCCAAGAUGAGUUUGUUGUUAUAGCCAUAACCUGGAACUCCUUUUAUGAGCUAAAAAAAGACAGAACAAUUUUUUUUAGAAAACAAAGAGACAAGAUGAAAGCUAGCUAUUCUUCAGCUACUCUAAAAUAGACCCCAUUCUUUCAGAUGAGUGGCUUACAGGUUCUUAAGGAACACACCAAAUCUAAUGUGUUAUGUAAUCUUACCAUUAGCAUUUUCUUCAAAAUUUUAUCUAUCUUGUAUGUUAGGUCCCCUUCUCAUCUACCCUGGGGAUAGUGGCACUGUUCUCUAAAUGAGCAAAGUGGCAGAUCACUGUCUUAGCCAACGUUACCUGGCCAAGACAAGACCCAGACUAGGAGCCCCCUGGCCUAUGUGCUUGGGUGCUUUCAUGGCACGUCCUAAACUGACUCAAAGUCCAGAUCCCAUGUUUUAGGAGUUGUCCUCACCUCGCUGGACUCCUGCCCUUUCUGUUCACUCUGGACUCCUGUGCUCUCAUUGAUGUAGU